AUGAGCCGCUUCCUACAUGUGAGCAAGGCUAAUCUGCUAAGUAAGCUUCUAAAAGUUGACUUCUCCGGUUGGUACCAAUUUUCCAAUCCAUUUCUAAAUUACGUUCGAUAUGUGGAGGAAGGAUCUCCGGAUUAUGUCAGUGAAUUGUGUAUUACCAAAAAAACAAAUAGAAUCCCUAAAAGUGUCAUUUCGGCGGUUCCUAAUUAA